CCUCAGCCGACGUACGCCCCUCAGCCACGGCCUCAGCCUGCACCUCAGCCUCAGCCGACGUACGCUCCUCAGCCAAGACCUCAGCCGACGUUCGCCCCACAGCCACAGCCUCAGCCUGCACCUCAGCCUCAGCCGACUUACGCCCCUCAACCGCCUCCGCGACCAGCCUACGCCCCACAACCCGCCUCUCAACCGUCCUACAACCCGCAGCCCACUGUGCUGCCCGCCCCGAGUCCCGCACCGCCCCAGCAACCCCCACAGCAGUCGGGCGAACCCGAGCCCGCUGCCACGGCAUCCCCCGUCUCCGAGACACCCUUCAACGGGCCGGUCUCGCUACCCCCGUACCCCGACGCGCCCGCGCCCCAGCCGCAGCAGGCCGUUGAGCGCACCCCGCAGCAGCCGCAGCAGCCGCAACAGCCUCAGCAGCCGGAGCCUACCAAGCCCUCGUACGGGCCGCAGGACGAGGAGGCGUGCGGAGAGCGCCGCCAGGUGCCAAGGCCGCAGGGUCUGGCCGCGGGCGAGGCCGCGCCCGGCGAGUACCCGUGGCAGGCCAUCGUCGCCAACCGCGCCGACAACGUCCCCAUCUGCGGCGCCGCCGUGCUCGCCAGGGACGCGGUGCUGACCGCCGCGCACUGCGUGCACGACAAGGAGGCCAGCGACCUGGUGGUGAUCGCCGGCGAGCACCGCAUGGGCGUGGCCGAGCCCGGCGCGCAGCAGUCCGGCGUGGCCGCCGUCGCGCGCCACCCCGACUUCAACGCGGCCUCGCUGCACCACGACCAGGCCGUGCUGCGCCUCGCCGAGCCCCUCACCCUCGGCGACCGCGUCGGCACCGUGUGCCUGCCCGACGAGGACCGGGCGGGCGGCGCCAACCUGGCCGCCCCCACCCCGGCGGACAACUGCGUCGCCACCGGCUGGGGACUCAAGGCGCUCAAAGGCAACCACGUCGGCUCGAGCCUCAACGCCAUCCCCGCCCGGCUCAUGUCGGCCCCGGAGGCGGAGCGCCAGCUGCGCCGCACCUUCCUGGGGCCCAACUUCCAGAUGCACGGCUCGCAGGUGUGCGCGCUGGCCACGCAGCCCGGCACCAACCUGUGCAUGGUGGACCCCGGCGGCCCGCUGGCCUGCCCGCGCCCCGACGGCCGCCUCGUGCUCGCGGGCGUGUACAGCUGGGACGUGGGCUGCCACCCGUCCAUGGUGUCGCUGCCCGAGGGCCCCAUGUCCCCGACGGCCUUCUCCAGCGUGGACGCGCGCUGGGUGCGCCGCGUGCUGGCGCAGCCCGUGCAGAGCCUCGUGCAGGAGGAGCGCAACGAGGUGCUGCGCAAGCAGCAGCAGGAGAAGCAGCCCGAGUUCGACAAGCCUGGCUUCUCCCAGGGCUACGGCAAGUAGUUCGGAAUCGCCUGGUUUGGUACUUCAAUUUCCCGGAAAAAUAUUUUUGGGAAAUUGCUAAAGAUUGUGUAAUUUUGGAAACUUUAUAUGAGAAUGAGAAGUUCCUUUUUUUUUCUGGAAACAUUUCAAAUUUUUCAAACUUUUCAGGAAAAGUUUUUAACAUUUAUGGUAAACAAUUUGGACCUUAAAAUCCCUGUUUAUUUAUUGGUGUUUUACGUUUUUUUAUUUUUUGGGGGCUGUGCUCAUUCGGUAGACUGCCAUGAUAUGAUGACACCUUGUGUACUAAAGAUUAUAAAAGACCAACUUGCCCAAGUCUUCGAUUUGAUUCCCACUAAAGGAAAUGUAAAUCCAGAAGACUUAGCAUUGGAGGCAACUUUGUCUUUGACCACUUUCGGUACUUUUGUGUUGGCAUGGUGUACGGCUACUUCUGAUCCACUGUACAAGGACAAUUUUAAACAAUCUGGACAAUAAAAGAGCCAAGUGUUAGUCAA